CGCAUCUACGCUCGGGCUCCUAAUUAAAGACCCGCGGAGCCCUCGGGGACCCGCCUGACGUCGGCGCGCGGGGGGAUAAGAGGCGCGCACCCCUGGCGGCCGCGGUCCCGCUCCAGACGCAGCCACGCGUCCCUGUCCCCGCGCGUCCUGAGCGCUCCGCGGGCCGGGGCGCCGCCGGGCAUGGAGUAGCGGGACGCACGGCGGCUCGGGGCGCGGGGACACACGCCGGAGGACGCCAGCGGCUCCGGAGCGCGGGGACAGGUAACGGCCAGGAUCCGACGCGUAGGUGGCCGAGGACCCAGGGGUUUCCAGAACCCGCACAGCAGGAGGCCGGAGCGAAGAUCCCCGCGCGGGGACUUCACGCCAGCCCAGCUCCGGAACGUCGGCCCCUCCAGCCGCGCCCACCGAGCGCAGCAUGCGUGCGCCCGGGCGUCCGCUCCUCCUGGGGCUGUUGCUGGUGCUGAGCGCGGCCGGGCCCGGCCGGGGGUUUGCGCAGCCCCGCGAGGCCGCGGAAACACAGACCCUGCUGCGGCUCAUCGCCGAGGUCGUCCAGGAGCUGAAGAAGUUCCACGCGGGAGAGUCCAAGCGGCUGCAGCUGCUGGGCCCGCAGCAGGACCCCCUGCGAGGUGGGGCGGGCGCGGCGGGCGCCGAGGAGCAGCGAGCGGAAAUUGUCCCUCGAGAUCUGAGGAUGAAGGACAAGUUUUUGAAGCAUCUCACAGGUCCUCUUUAUUUCAGUGCAAAGUGCAGCAAACACUUCCACAGGCUUUACCACAACACCAGAGACUGCACCAUCCCCGCAUACUAUAAAAGAUGUGCCAGGCUUCUUACCCGGCUCGCUGUCAGUCCACUGUGCAUGGAGGGAUAAGCAGUGAGCAGAACUGUGGCGAUCAACAGCCCGAUAACCAUGAGAAGUGCCUUGGAAACCAACAGCGAAACUGAACCUACUACCUUCAUGUUCCCUGUGAACAGAUGUGUAUUUGCAGACAGCCUCUUCUACAAUCCCUUUGAGUUUUGUAUGGUGUUGACACCGUUUGUGGGUGCACAUUCAGUAAAUCGGCAUGCCUGACAGCAAUGUCCGCCACCCAUUAAUUAGAGAAACUCAAGAGAAUGCUCCACAGCGGACAUGUAGCGUUUCAUGAGGCCACAGGAAGAGACUGCAUUUCCUCAGUAGGUGAAGUCACAAAGAAUAUUUCUUUAGAAACAUAAGCAGAAUCUGAAAUUAUAUUUUCAUAUAGCAUACGGUAUGAUUUAAUAUUUUUUAUUACUUUUACAACUCCCAGGGUAUUAUUUGGAACUGCAUGAAAAAUUUAAAAAACAAAACAAAAAACAACUUCAAUCAUGUUUUAGAGCCAGUGGACUGUAAGUGUGUGAGCACACCCGGGCUGAUUUCAUUUGUCCUUUGUAUAAUAAGUGUAAAAUAGU